AUGUUUGAGCGUCUGGAAGAAAAUUGGCUUCAUAUUCGCAGAAAUGAUGAUUUUAUAAAAAAAAGAAAUGCUCCAUAUAGCCUACUCUUCUCCAAGAAUCUGAAAAUGUAUGGAGAGAGUAACUCGAAUUCUUCAUUAUACUACAUGUGUAUUGCAAUGUCCAUUGUUCUACACUAUGGCUUAACGUGCGUCAUUAACACGAACUCCUUCAGAAAAAGGGGACACCGUAGGUACUAUGACUCGUCAUACACCGAUUUUGAGGAAAUUAAAAAAAGUGACACAAGUGAAAACUCAUCCAACGAUAAAGAUUACAACCAAACAAACAAUAUCGUCGAUCAAAUUAUAAAUCCAAAUUUUGCAAACAUAAAAAUUGGAAGUAAUUCUAACAUAACAGACCAUAUCGUUUCCCACGCAAGGGGCGAAUAUUACCCAAACAUAACCAACGAGAAAUUUACAAAAAUAGAUGACGAAACAUUUUCAAACCUUCUGGAUGGUAGCCUCUCCAAAUUCGAAAAUGAAAAUUUUACACAUGCAACGGAGCACAAAUUUGAAAAACUGCCAACAUUAAAAUUUGUAAAACAGACUACAUCCAAAUUCUCUAAAUUAAUUACACCUUGUCAACGGAACACAGCUACCGAUACCUGCCCCGACGUAAGUAACGAACAGUUAUUUAAUCUGAUGAGCCAAAAAGCGCCAAACGAUGAAUCGGAAAGAGCGCCAAAUGGUGAAUCUAAAAAAGCACCAAACGAUGAAUCUAAGAAAGCACCAAACGGUGAAUCUAAGAAAGCACCAAACGGUGAAUCUAAGAAAGCACCAAACAAUGAAACUAAGAAAGCACCAAGCGAUGAAUCUAAAAAAUCGCCAAACGGUGAAACUAAGAAAACACCAAGCGAUGAAUCUAAAAAAUCGCCAAACGGUGAAUCUAAAAAAACACCAACCACAAUAACGAAAAAGCGUACAAGCGAUGAAUCGAAAAAACCUGCUCAUGUAACGUCCAAAAAACCUCCUAAUGUAGAAUCGAAAAAACCUCCUACUGUAAAGUCCAAAAAAAACCCCAACGCAAAAUCCAAACAAUCUCCAAGCGCAGCAACAAAAAAAUCUCCAAACACAGGAAAAAAAACGCCCCCCAACGCAGCAACAAAAAAAUCACCUAACGUGGCAACAAAAAGAACGCUUAGCAUAGAAGCAAAGAAGGCGACUAAUGAAAUAUUCAAAGAGGAUCCCAACUUAGGAGCCAACAAAUCUCCAGCACAAACAGCAAAGAAAGCUCCAGCACAAACAGCAAAGAAAGCUCCAGCACAAACAGCAAAGAAAGCUACCGAAGUAACUACUAAGAAAACACCCACAAAAGCUGCUAAAAAAACUACCGAAGAAACUACUAAGAAAACACCCACAGAAACUGCCAAGAAAACGCCAGCACACGCAACAAAAAAAAAACCCGCGAAAGCUGCCAAGAAAACUCCCUCAGAAGCUGCUAAGAAAACUCUCGAAGAAACUGCCAAGAAAACUCCCGCAGAAGCUGCCAAGAAAACUCCCGAAGAAACUGCCAAUAAAACCGCCUCAGAAGCUGCCAAGAAACCCCCCAACGCAGCAAAUGAAAAAAAAGGGACACCCAACGUAGACGAAGUGGAACCGGCUGCAAAGUCGUACUUCCAAAAUUUUAUGGACAACACUGUAUUCGCAUGGAGGGAAAAAAUACACUCAAAAAUGAAUGCAAAUAAGGAAAAAUUGUUACAAGAUAAAACAACGCAGUCAUCGGAAGGAGAACAAGGUGAUAUAAAAGAUGGCUCGAAAAAACCAAAAAAAGAAGAACCCACGGAGGAAUGGAAAAUACAACAAUUUAAAAAUUGGUUAAACAAUUUGGAAAAGGAAUACGAUGCCUGGAAGGUUUCACUAGUGAAUGAUAACAACGAGUGGAUUCUUAAGAAAAAUGAAAUUUUUGAAAAUAUCCUAAAUAGAAUAAAGGAAAAAUGGGAAUCAUGGAAUAUAUACACACUGAAAGAUAUAAACGAUGAUGUAAUUAGGUUAAAAGAUUUAGACACUGAAGAACAGUGGAGUAAGUGGUUGGAUGCGCAGUGGAAACCUUAUAAUAAGCAAACCUGGUUUGACCUCAUAGAUUCAUAUGAAAAAUUGUAUCAUCAAUGGAAACGUACCCAUUGGGAUAAAUGGAAAUCAAGAAAAAUGACAGAAUGGAUAUCUCAAGAAUGGAAAGUUGAUGAAGAAGAAAAAUGGGCACAAUGGGAAAGUCAGAAAUGGGAAAAAUAUUUUCAACGCAAAGAGAAAAAGGAAUGGAUUGAAAGAAAUGAAAUAGAAAUCUCCAUCAUAAGGGACUGGCUAAAGGAAAAAGAAAGUAUGCCUGUGCAAUGCGAUGGCUGGUUAGAAUGGGAUACGUGGAAGCAGGAAAAGUUCCAACAUUUGGAUGAUUACUUGAAUUCGCUGAAAAAUCAGUGGCUCGCGGAGAAGAAGUGGAUGAUCUUGGCGAAUGCGUCAAAGGAACGGGAGCUGGCUGAACAGCGGGCCGCGCCAGGGGGGAAAAAAGCGGCUGCAAAGGGUGCACCGCAAAAUGGUGAUAAAGCUGACGACAAAGCUGACGAUAAAGCUGACAAUUAA